AUGCUACGAAAGAUGGCGCGGUCGAUUGCGGUAGAUGAACAACGGGAGCUCCUCCGAGUGAUUCUGGCGUGCGCCCUCCUGGCCCGACAGCUGAUUUCCGAGACGAAGGAUCACACGGCCGAGCACCUCAAGGACCUCCGGAUGAGUGUCUGCGAUCGCGUCUCUGAGGUCAAAAAGAACAAUAAAAAUCAGGAAGAUUUUUGUUGUCGAAAAAAAAAGCCUUUUUUGAUUAUUAUCCGAAAAGUUUGACUCUCUUCUUUGCAGAGAUAUCAGAUCCGUCUUUAUAUCUAAUAUUGCAGUAAACAAGGUAAAUUUUUUAGCUUUUGCUUCCAUUCGAAAACCUUAUUUCGAAAAAAAAUAUUUACAAUCUUAUAAUUUCUUUUUGUCUUUUUUUCAAUUUUAAUCGAUAGAAUAUUCAGUUUUUCACCGCGUACCCGAGCCGAGGGUGGUCAGAAGAAGAAGUUCUUGCACUGCGAGACUACAUUUUCGCUGGCUAUUUGACGGAUCUGCCAGAAGCGAGUCUCGUGGCCCAAGAAAAAGGACCAGUCCUCCCAGUCGCUCCGUUUUUCCGUCGUCAAAGUGCUCGUCGCCUUGGCCAAAUUUCCUUCGCUGUUCCGCUUCUUCCUCAUAAAACUCCAAUGGAACACCGUCGGACAGCCGAAGAAAGACUGUUUCGCUUUCGAGGUAGAAUCAUCCGAAAUAAGUAUAGAAUGGAGAAACUUUGAAGCUUCUCCUGGCACCUUUGCUGUGGUCAGGCCGAUUUGAUCUCAUGUUGCGAAGCGUUCGGAGCGCUUUGAUCGGGAUGGUCCAGCUGGCGGACGAGCCCCUCGUCCAGCUCCCUUCGUCUACUUCGCUCCAAGUCGAACCUUUGGACGUCAAGCUUGGUAUGCAAAUCACGAAAAAAAAUAAUUCUCAUCUCAAAUUGAAGAUGUCAAUUUGGGAACGACUAUCGUCCUGAAAAAACUCGAGUUUUUACUCGAUUUCUUGGCCCGUGAAGUGGAGAACGACGUGAAAACUACGCAGAAGCCAUCGACGGAAAAUAUGAACCUUUUGAAUCGGUAGGUUAUCAAUAGAGUAAAAACUGUUGUUAAAGUGAGGGCUUUCAAAAAAGAGUAUUUCUGAUAGUGAAAAAAGUUUUUUUUUUCUCACUAGUUCUCAAAUUUUUUUUUUAAUAAGAUCGUGUUUGAUUUUUUCGAAGAAACUGCUAAAAAUAUGAUUGGGAAAACAGUUCUGAAAUCCUAACUCGGUUGGUUAUCUUGAAAAGAAAAAUAAAUCUGAUUAGAUUAUGUAAGGUAGGACCACAAGUUUUCCAGGAUUUCCGACUUUGUGAACGAUUCGGAGAUGAGCACAAGAAUCGCGUGGCCUCUUUUCUCAUGCGUCGAGAAGCGCAAGUGUCAGGAAGAGCUUCUGAUGCAGAUGCUGAACACUCUCGGCCGCAUAGCGCAACUCGUCGAAAACCCGCAGGAAUUCAUCCAGUCAGUUGUGAGCGACAGAAGACGUCGACCUUCUUCUCUUUCAGUCGAAUCGCUCCUCUUUGCUCCAAGAUCAAUGGCCGGAACGCCCGAGAAGCGCUGGUCGGCAUGGCUGAAGGAUUCGCGAAAUCUCCCAAAACGGGUCCAAGAGUUCGUUUUUAUCUUAUUCUAUAGUCUAUACCAAUAAGGUUAUUCGAAGCAGCGAGAGAAAAUUUCAUGAAAAUUUUUUAAGGUGACAAUUUUUUCAAUGUUAAUAGCAAGUUGUGCCCGUCUUUUGCAUCUUGAAUAACACUUUCAAACAAUUAUUGUCUUGAAAAGCGUCUUUUUCGGAUUUCAGACUCGCGAUAUUCUUCGACUCUUCGGAGAUUUGGAGGCGUGGGACAAGUCCAAGGUAGACGAGCCCAAUUUCGAUCGACGCUACAACGCUUACUCGAAGCUGGCCCAGGUUAUCUUCUAUUCGCAGAAAAAAGGGCUCAACUCAUUUCCUUUCCAGAUUUGGCUGGGAGACGAACCGUUGGACACUUCCAUUUUGAGCAUUUUCAUCCAUACUCAUAUGCACUUGAUUUCGAACGUACAACAAAUUCAUAAGAUUUAUCUACUGAAAGUCGUUUCUAGACGUCGGACAUGUCGCUGAGGAUGGCGGCGAGCAAUAAUUUGAGAAGUUUGAUCAGUUUUGCCGGGAGGACUCUGGGAAAGGAGAACGCGAAUCAAAAUACGAAAAAGAACAUUGUCGACGGCGUUUUCUCGCCGCUUUUCGUCCAAGCGAUGCGUUCAGAAAACGAGGUACCCACAAAACGGAUGGAUAUAUUGUGAUUUUCUAUAAAAAUCAAGUAUUGAUUUCGAUCCUUUGAGGACUUUCUACCAAUUUUUUUCAAUUUCAUACCAAAUCUUAAAAAAAUUUCAAUUGUUCAAAUCUUGUUCUUCAAGACAAAAAUGUAUGAAAAAAAGAUUAUAAUCUUCACAGAAAAAAUUGAAAGGGUCGAAAAGGCUCCAUAGAAAUAUUUCGGGGAACUUUCUUUUCGCUGCUUUUCUAUAUACGCCAUUUUAUCGGCUUUUAUUUACCAUUUUUCUUGCCUAAAUCCUCUAGUUCCAGGCGGUCAGAGACGAAACUCUCAACUGCUUUGCGGCUCUCGUCGACGCAUUUCCAGAACAUGCGAUCCUGUCGCAGUACGUACAGCUGCGAAGUACCGACAGCGACGUCGACUUUCUGGAAAACAUGAACCAUAUUCAAGUACAUUUGUCGAUAAAUACCUUCAAAAUGAAAGAAUUCAGGUCCACCGACGCCAACGGGCAAUGUAUCGUCUUGUAGAAGGAAUCAAGACGAAUAAGGUGAGAACUUCGAAAAUUACUUUGACUCUGUAAUUUCAACAGAUUUCUAUGGACUUUCCUGCGAUGAACAAGUUUCUUGUCCCAAUGGUGAGCCCCUACCUGAUCAACACCCAGUCGAAGACGUCAGGUGAGCUAUUUUCUUCCAAGUUGACAGUUCGAAAAUUUGAAUUUAGCUCUUUCGGACGAAGCUCUGCGUGUUUUGAACGUUGUCAUGUCUCAUGCGCCUUGGCCCAAAUACGUCUCUUGUCUGGAAUUUUGGCUGUCGAGGGUCGAAAAACAUUCCAUCAGCAGUGAAAUCAGCGAUCGGGCGCUCGUUAGGUUGGUUUAAUUGUUCGAAGUUCAUUAGAUGUUUGAAUCUGAUAUUUUCUUCGAAAUUUUCUUCCAGUCUUCAUUCAAUUUUCCCUUCGAAUCCGUUCUUUUUCAAAAGUAUCUGGCUGUUUCCGGAUAUUUAAGCCACAAAUAACCGGUCAAAAAAAUUGAAAAAGUGAGAAAACACUUAUUUUUAGGGUCCUUGUUUCUGUAAUCGACGCCUUCCACUUUGAUCUGACCACUCCGGAUGAAUCAAUGGAAACAGAAGAAGCUGACGAGAAUGCAGAGCCAACAGUCGAACAAGAGCCGGAGACGGAAAAGCCAGAGAAGGACCAUCGACUAUCGAUUUUGGAGCGCGUCACCCAGAAGAUUCUGCCCCGCCUGACCCGAUGUCUGAACGCCCAGACGGAAGCCGUCGAACGCAACGCGAGGACUCUCCAAACGAAACUUUUCGCCGAAGAUUUCGACAUUCAAAGAGCUCCCAUGGCCCUCGCUACAGUCAAAAUGUUGAAGAAGCUUCCUGAAGAGCUUCAAAACCAAAAUCUCCAUGGGUAAUAUUUAUCGAAAAAACUUAUUACCAAUUCGAAAAUUCUAGAGUUGUACUGAAACUGUGCCAUUUGAUGAUCUCCAGAUCACACAGUGUCCGCGAAUCGGCACGAAAAAUUGCCAUUCAGGUUAGUUUUUCACCAAAAAAAACGUACAUGUCCAAAAUAAGAGAACCAAAAGGUAUACCAACCUAAAAAGUUCAAGAAGACUUUCGAUAGGUUUGCUUCUGAAUAUUAAUUUUUAUCUUUUGCGAGAUCAUUGAAAAAAAUUUCGGACUGGAAUUCAGUAGCAAACUCUUAAAUAAACGGUUUGUUAGGUGUCUAGAUUACCGUCGAAAUUUCAUAUCUACAUAUAUUUUUAAGGUUUCCGAGGUUUUGGGUCCAAAAUACCUGCCAUUUAUCAUCAGAGAGAUGCAGUUGGUGAUGACCAAGGGCUUCCAGGUUGAACUUCUGAUAAAAUCGUUGGUAAUUUCAUAGUUCAGGUGCAUGUGGUGAUCUUCUCCGUGCACACGCUGAUCAUUUCGCAGAAGGAGAACCUGAAAGUCGGCGACUUGGACACGGCGGUGGACGCGAUCAUGAAGCUGUGUGUGCAGGAUCAGUUCGAGAAUGCGUCAGAGGAAAAAGAGCUCGGCUCCAUCAAAGGCCGACGUGCCUGAGGCCAAAGCCAACCGCACUCCGGAGACCCUGGCUCAGCUCGGCCGCGUCGUUUCUGCCGCCGGAAUCGAACACGUCCUGGAACCCCUACGGUAGCCUUACCUUCUGAGCCCUCUCACAGAACGUGGAAAUUCAGAAAAGUAGUGGAUGCGAAGCCGUCGGCGAAGGUGAUAACGCGCGUUUCCGACUUGCUGUCGAAGUUCGUCUUGGGACUGAAGGAGAACGACGGCAUCUCGCCGAGCCUGCUCCUCAACUAUAUCUUCCAAUCCCUCACUGGAGACAUCAAGAAGAUGCAGGAUGUGUUGGACCGGUCGGAGGAGUCCGAUGUCGUCAAAGAGCACGGCCGAAGACCACAAAGUUGCCUAAUUUUGCCCAAAGUCUGAUAUCUAGAACUUGAUUAUUGAGAAUUACUGUUUCAAGGCACCCAAGCGGAUUGGCGCCGCUGAAAAAACGGUCGUCAAAAGUCGAGUGCACGUUUUCGCCGAGUUUUCUGCGCAGUUAUUGGCGGCACUUCUUUACGGUUUAUUUUUACGUUCUCAGUUUGAUUCAUAUUUUUUAUUAAAGCCAAGCGACUUGACCCGACCGAACCGGAAACCAUUUCUCGUCUGAAUCCGUUCGUCAAAAUUGUUCUGGACUGCCUAAAGUUCAAAUACGACAAGGUUUGUCUGGGAAAACUGUACGUAUUUCUUUCUGUUUCUAGCUCAUAACUCACUCUCUUCGAGCGCUGGCUUCUAUGAUUCAGAUGCAACUGCCGGCUAUCAAAAACCAUCUUCCGGAUGUUUCCAAUACGUAAUAUACCUUUCCAAAUCAUAAAGUUCCUUUUUCUCUCAGACUUUUCGUUCUUCUGGCCGAAUACUCUUCUCUGGGGAGCGUCGGAGGCAAGGCGUCAAUCCAGCAACUCAGCCAGCUUCUGUACAAAGUACGCUCAAUCAUCGCCUCAGAACUGUUGAUUUGUCUCAGACGUUCACCAAACUGAUCAGCUACGCCGGCAGCACUUGGCUGACCCAGGAGAAUCUCUCCCUUCUGCUCGCCUACGCCGAAGUCGACGUCCUCGACCAGCAGAAGCAGUCGACGAUGUUCUCGCUUCUGAAGAUCCUCGUCAGAAAAGGCGUCCGACAUGAACGAGUCAGUGGAUUAUGAGCAAAUAGUUACAAAACUGAUUUAUUUUUUUCAAAAUUAUUUAUUUUCGUCGAUUUUAAGGCGAUUUUCAAAAUUUACUGAAAAUACACUUCUUAUCCAAAAAAUUUGUUCAUUCUAGUGCUAUUCUGAAAUAGUUCUGUUUUCUAGUUGCCGGAGAUCAUGCAUCAUUUAUCGGAAACUGCGAUCCGGUCUCCUAUCCAGAGCAUCCGAACGCAGUGCAGAGAGGUUCCUGAGGGAGAUUUCGAUCGUAAAUAAUGUUUUUAUUGCGUCAGACGUUAAUUGACUUCAUCGGCGGCGCUUCGGAUGAGCUGAAAAAGCCUGAAAAACACAUCGAGUUCUUCCUGGACCAACUGGAUUAUGAGUACGAGGAUGGUCGGUUGAGUGCCGCCGAAAUGCUCAAAAUGCUCUUCACCCAUUUGCUGCCGGUAUGUUUCCCACAUGGAAAAGGUACAGAGGUUUUUUGUUAACUCAAUGGCUUUUCAGAAAACGCUGACGGAAGUUCACAUGCUGUGUACUGUGAAGAUGGGCGCGGCGCUGGUGAACGACGACUCGCCGAAAUGCGCGACGCUGGUGGCCCUCGGACUGCGCCAAUUGCUGACAAGCGUCGGCGUCGCUCAGCGACAGGAAGUCUUCGAGGCGAUCUGUCAAUGGCUCGAGGCUGACGACGUAAUCUGUGACGCCGGUGUGACGUCAUUCAAGAGAGAUAUUCAGGAGAAUGCGAGAUCCGUGGGUCUGCAGGUCGUCAUGCAACUCUCCGCCGUCGAGAAGGAUGUUUUUGCCGCGAGAAUGGCGCCGUUCAUGGAUCGAGUACUCAACGUCGUCACGGAUGACGAGUUCUUCGACAAUAACUCGUGGGUUUUUGUUUUUGGAACAAAAGCUUCUAAGCGGUGUUGGUAAAAAAUCAUCAGCUGAAGGCUUUGAAAAUCCAAAAACGUUCGACAAAUCUUUGAAAAAUAAACAAGAGAAUUGAUAGAAAUUUUCAACCUGUCUUUGUAUCCAUAACUUUAUUCAAAUAUUAUAACUGAUUUUUUUCCUACUUUUUUGGAGUCUAAGGAAAAGUCGAGAAGAUUGAGAAAAAGCAUCCUAUGAACAAGACUUUUUUUCUGAUUUCCCCAGAUUUAUUAAUUAAAGUAUUCUUGAUUUUUCUUCAGGACAAAUUUAGUACAGAAAUAGUCGUUUUUGGAAGAUUUUUUUCCUUUUUUUCUGUUUUCGAGUGAGCGUUGAAUCUUACAGCGAAUCGACGCUGGUUCUUUACGCCAAAUGUAUCACAACGGUUCUUAGUCAUGCUGGCCCAGAGGCCGUUGAGCAUUUCGAUUUUGACCAAUUGUUUGGUGGGUCAUUUCUGCUUCAAAGCCCAUCCUCUCUGUCCUUUCAGACUCUCUGGAACAGUUCGUGAAGUGCGAAGACGAACUGAGCGUCCGUCGCGAAGGCUGCCGACUUCUCGGACAAGUUUUGGCGAUGAUGUCGACGUCGCGAAUCUCCGGCGAACGGGCCAAAGUCGUCGUCGACUGGAUGAGUCGCGUCAUUCGCCAUCCUGUCCUCGACGCUGCCACUGCCGAACAGGUACAUCCUAGAAAGAUUUUAGCAGGCUCAUUGAUCGAAAAAAAGACUUUUGACUACGUUAUUAUUGUAGAACUGAAAGAAUUUCAACCCUCUCAGAAAACUUUCAAUAAAAAAAAGGGGAAACAGACUGACUGCAUGGAUCUGCUAUUUUUCAAACUCACUUUUGAAAGCCUUUUUGAUAGCUUUCGGUUCCUCACAUCUUCUUCAAACAGAUUUUAUGUGACUCAGCCAAAUUGAUGUAGGUUUUAAAAAAAUACUUUUUGAGACCUUCAAAAAAUCUUUCCUCGUUUUCCUUACAACUCUAGGAGAUUUAUGCACCCCUUGCAGAUCUGAAAAGUUUUUUAAAAGUUUUUUUUAUGGUAAUACUUUUUCUGUUGUUAGAUAUAUGACGAAAAGCGGAAGUAUAUGUCGUUCAAAAAGAAUAAAUCUCAUUUUUCACAUUUCAUUUCAGGCGUCAAAAAGUAUUGUCUUCGUAUCCAAGCACCUGGAGGACGAUUCUUUCGCCCAUUUGAUUGCGCAAAUUGCGCAGGCUUGUCGUUUUGAAAUAAAAAAUCAACCUAAAGCCAUCCUCAAGGUUCUAUUCCGCACUAGAACUCGGGAAAGUUGAACUAUUUCCAGAGAUCUUAUUGUUUCAAGCUUUCUUUGGCUCUGGCUCUGUCCAAUGAAGCUCGCUCCAACACGGCCAUCAACGCGUUUUUCCCGUUAUUCGUUCGGGAAAUCACUGGAAAAUCACAGAAAAGUUGGAAUCAUAGUCUACAAUGUUUCAUGGUUUGAAUUGAAGGCUCGGAAGAAUUGGUAACACUGACAAAUGAGAUCUGCGAAGUCAUCAAGAAGAAAAUCGGAGAAGAAGAUUUUGGUAGACGAACGGCUCAAGCCCAACAGGACACAGCCAAGAGAGCCGCCGAGCGAAAGAGAAAAAUAAAGGUGAAUGUGCUCAAAUUUUGAGUCUGGAUAGAAAUUUUGAAAUGAGACGAUUUUGAAGACGUUGAACGGUUUCGUAUUGUCAAUUUAAAGUGGCAUUGGAGCCAUACCUGUCAGUAAAAAAAAUUAGUUUUUAGCAAGCUUGAUAUUGAAUGAAUUUGUUCGUCGAAGUUCUUUAAUUUCAAACUUUUCAAAUGAAAUUUGUUUGCAGGAGCUGGCGGUGACGGCGCCGGAAGACGCGGCGGAGCUGAAGCGACGUCGCAAUCGCAAGAAACUGGAAGUGCGAAAGCGGAAACUCGACGUGCAGAAGCCAUAUCGGAUUGCGAAGCGACGUCACCAGGAGAAAAUGAAGGCGCAAAUGGAUGAAGAAGACUGA